AUGUCUUCAACACCAUCCAUCCAGGAAAAAGGCCUACACGUAGGAACGCAACCAGGAGAUCCGGAGAAACUCGAAGGCGUCACCGAGGACUUUGAAGUCUUCAAGCAAACCGAAGAUGGAGUCAACUUUCGAACUGUGGGAUGGCCAAUGGCUACGGUCAUUUUCCUCAAGACCAUUUUCGCUCUCGGUGUUCUCUCUAUCCCAUCGGCCAUGUACUCACUAGGUGCUGUUGGAGGUGCACUGAGUGUCAUUGGCUGGCAAGCUCUCAAUACAUAUACUGCAGUCUUGCAGGGUGACUUCCGGAACAACCACCCUCGGUGCCACAGUAUCGCCGACAUGGCUGGUGUAGUUGGUGGUCCUAUCAUGAAGGAGCUUACUGGAGCAAUGUUCAUCGUCGCCUAUGUCAUCCUUACUGGCUCUGGAAUCGUUGGCGUCUCGAUCGGUAUCAAUGCCUUGUCCCACCACGCUGCCUGCUCGGUCUGGUGGGCAGUUCUGGCCACUUUCUUUGUAGCUGCCGCAGCAUCAGUACGCAAGUUCCAUCAGAUUGGGUGGCUUACCUGGAUUGGAUUCGCAUCUAUCUUCAUUGCCGUCUUCGUCCUUGUCAUCGCUGUUACAACCCGGGACCGACCUGCUGCAGCACCGCAGACCGGCGACUACGAGUUCGGCUUCUACGCCAUUGCCUACCCGACCUUUGCGGCAGGCAUGGUAGCCUCUUGCACAAUCUUUGUCUCUGGUGCUGGUACUAGUGCUAUGCUACCUGUCAUUUCUGAGAUGAAGAAUCCCAGAGACUACCGCAAGGCCUUAUUUAUCUGCAUGUCUAUCGUUACCGCCGCAUACCUCAGCUUCAGUCUCAUCGUCUACCGCUGGUGCGGUAAGUGGGUAGCCAGUCCCUCUCUAGGUAGUGCAGGCCAAACCAUCAAGAUGGUCUGCUAUGGUAUUGCUCUACCCUCCCUGGUAGUCAGCGCAUGUCUCUACCUCCACGUCGCCGCAAAAUACAUCUUCGUCCGCCUCCUCCGCGACUCCCCCCACCUCCAAUCCAACACCUUCACCCAUUGGGCCACCUGGCUCUCCUGCACCUUCUCCCUCGCAGCCAUCUCUUUCGUCCUCGCUGAAGCAGUGCCAAUCUUCGAUUACCUGCUUUCACUUGCUGGAAGUAUCUGUUUCGCCCCCCUCGCCAUAUCCCUUCCCGCAUGGUUGUGGAUUUAUGAUCACAAGUCUUGGAGAAAGGGGAGUGUCGGCCAGAAGGUCGGCUUUUGGUUGCAUGCGCUGUUUAUCCCUUUGGGUAUCUUUGUCAUGAUUGGAGGUACUUAUGGUGUUGUUGUGCAAAUCAAAGAGGCAUAUGCUUCGGGACAGAUCGGGAGUGCGUUUUCUUGUGCUGAUAACUCGAAUUCCACUUGA